UCUGCAGCUGCCAGAACACAAUUUCCCAUUCAUACACAAGUAACAAUAGCGAAAAAAAUUGUUAUUAUUAGCUCCACUGAUAAAGCACUGUGUAUUUACAGUAAAACUAAGGAUAACACUCUUUCAGCAAGGUUCUACUUUAACCAUUCAGCUGAGGAUAUACUAAUGCUCUCAUUCGCAGUUUUUUUGUGACAUGCUGGCAGUAUGCACAGCACAGAGGUGGGAUUUUAAAUGACUCACUAAAAUGGGAUGAAGAUCUUGGCUCUGAAUGCUGGCAUGACUGUUAGAUAUAAAAAUUACAUUAAAUGUUUGAUCCAUGGUUUUACUGGUACAAAAUGUGUCCUGAUCAACUGUGUUUUACACAAAUAUGUCAUUCCACAGUAAGUUAGUUCGUUGAUUUGUCCUGGAAUGACUUUCUAGGUCAUUUAAGGUGAAUGAGGGGACCAUCAUCUUUUCAUUAUUUAAAUUCACUCAAUCUGUACAGACCUUAAUCUUCACAUCUUGAGUGUAAACUGCUCCAGAUAGCCUGACCUUGACAAAAUUAUUGAAGUGUGGAAGUGAUGUUUUGUUUUUUCUUAUAUCGUGAUGUCCCGUUUUCUGAAAUUGAGCCCUAGAAAUUCUUUACAAGGUAAGAAAAUAAUCUGUCAUCUUUGUGUGCUCCCGCUAGAUGAGAUCUUUUUUUAACAGAAAGACACGUUUACCCAUGAAGGAUUUGUGUCAUGUUGAGAUAAAGAGAAUAUGGGUGUUUCUUGGGUGUGCGGGCAAAGCCCGUAUGGCAGUUGGCUGAACUUUAUCAGUCAACGGAAAUGUCCCUGAGAAGUGGAUAACAUUUUGAGUUUUGACAGAAUCUCCGCAUCACAGAUCACAGAUCACAGAAUCUCCUUAUCUGAUAUAUACAUAUGGAGAUGUCCUCUGGGUUUUCUAUUAUUUAUCAAGUGAAAAAAAAGCUGCUGGAAGUGUGAAAGAGCAUUUACAGGAGCUUUCUAUAUGUGUUAUGUUGCAUGACUUGUUCAUUUCUCCUCCUCUCAUGUCAGUCCAGGUCUUACUGUUUGUUUGGGAUCAAGCACAUGAUAACUUGCAAACAUGCACAAUGUUUCCACUCUUAAGCACAAUCACAUGUGGGCUAUCUUAAAAAAGCACUUAUCUCCUAAGCUAAUUAACAUCACUGUGACUUCCAGCAGGAUGCAAACUGUCUGCGAGUAUCCGCCCCAAGCUGUAACAAAGCCCACCUCAGGUGACACCCACUGCGCCCCUCCUCUCUACUUGCAUAGACUGUAAUGACAUGGUAAUUAUUCUCUAGUAUGAACACCAAAAGAAAGACCCUGUUGAAUUGAUGGGCUCCUGGGUUUACCUGUAGCCCUGAACUGCAGACUGUCCCUGAAAACUUCAAGCAAUUCCUCUUUUUUGUUUAGUCAUUAGUUUUGACACCUUUUGAGUGCAGACACAGGAUGAGUGAAUCCUUGCAGUCUCUUUGCAUUGGACACUACCUGUGGCUGGUAUAACAAAGGGUUAAGUGUGGGUGUUCCCAUUUCCCGCUCACUCCCUCCCAGCCUCUAAUCUCUCUCACUCUCUCCUCUCUUCACUACCAAGGAGCUUUGGAGAGCCUCCUAAGAACUAAGCUAUAUAUAAACAUUGGAAGAGUCAGAAAAUUGAAAUUUAACUUGUGCAAGGAUUUAUUGUGUCAAUAUUCAAGACGUUUCUCUGUGAAAACUAGCCUUGUUCUUGUCCACAAAGCGAGGUGAAAGUUUGAAGAGGAAUUCAGCCCAGCAAAAGUAGAUCUUCAAAGUCUCUAAAGUCAUAACUCAAGCAAACCAGAAUGGAGCUUCAAAAGAUGAAUGGACAUAGCAGGGAAGAGGGCUUCGAUGGGCUGGAUGCCCUGGCUGAACAAGAGGAGUUUCUCCCACAUAAACCUGGUGUCAAGAAAGAAAUGCACUUCACAGAUUUCGAGGGGAAAACUUCAUUUGGAAUGUCCAUCUUUAAUCUCAGCAAUGCCAUAAUGGGCAGUGGAAUUUUGGGACUGGCUUUUGCGAUGGCCAACACCGGAAUCAUUCUUUUUCUAAUCCUGUUAUUGAGCAUUGCUAUUCUGUCUGCAUAUUCAAUUCACCUCCUGCUGAAAAGUGCUGGAGUUGUCGGCAUCCGGGCAUACGAGCAGCUUGGGAAUCGGGCUUUUGGUUCCCCAGGAAAAAUGCUGGCCGGCUGCAUCAUAACAAUACACAACAUUGGAGCAAUGUCCAGCUACCUCUUCAUCGUCAAGUCUGAGCUACCAUUGGUUAUUCGAGCUUUCCUUCAAAGUGAAAACACACACACAGGAGAGUGGUUCUUGAAUGGAAACUACUUGAUCAUCAUCGUUAGCGUUCUCAUCAUCCUUCCUCUUGCACUCAUGAAAGAACUUGGUUACCUGGGCUAUACGAGUGGCUUCUCCCUCUCCUGCAUGCUGUUUUUCCUCAUUUCGGUUAUAUACAAGAAAUUCGACAUCGAGUGUCCACUGAAAAACCAUGACGUAACUCCUAUUGACAACUACACUGGCAUUAAUAGUACGGACUUCUGUAAGCCCAAGCUAUUCACCACGAACUCAGAGACAGCGUACACCAUCCCAAUUCUGGCCUUCGCUUUCGUCUGCCACCCUGAAGUGCUACCAAUCUACACUGAGCUACGAGAUGCCACCAAGAAACGCAUGCAGGCUGUUGCCAACAUCUCCAUCUUGGCCAUGUUUGUCAUGUACCUGCUAACUGCUCUUUUUGGUUACCUCACCUUUUAUGGUGCUGUGGAGUCCGAGCUGUUACACACCUACAGUAGAGAGGGCCUCUCGGAUGUGCUGAUCCUCUGUGUGCGUCUGGCUGUGCUGAUGGCUGUCACUCUGACCGUCCCUGUGGUUCUCUUCCCGAUCCGCAGGGCCGUGCUCCAGAUCAUAUUCCCUGAGAAGCCUUUCCACUGGGCCAGACACAUCGCCAUUGCAUUUUGUCUCAUCUUCUUGGUCAACCUUCUUGUUAUCUUCGUGCCCUCCAUUCGUGACAUUUUUGGCCUCAUUGGAGCCACAUCUGCUCCAAGCCUCAUCUUUAUCCUACCUGGAAUCUUCUACAUCCGGAUUGUUCCUGAGGACCAGGAGCCUUUGAUGUCCAGAUCUAAGAUUCAGGCCGCGGUCUUUGCUGCAGUGGGAUUCAUCUUCAUGAUUAUGAGUUUGUCAUUUAUCAUCAUUGACUGGGUGACUGGAGAGUCUAAAAGUCGAGGCGGUCACUAGUUGUUGUGACAGAAAAAAGGUAUUACGAACAGAAAGCCAACCAAAGCUCUCCCUUUCAUUAAAUUACCCCUGAUCUGCCGAAUUCUCAACCAAAGCCAGACAGGAACGUUCGGCUGCAUAAGACGAAGGAUAUGUGAAGAACCUUCGCCUACAUAAAAAAAAGAAAAAAAAAAAAAAGAAAGUAUUUUGACAUGUGAUGGGGGAAACAAAAGAUCCUGUAACGGAGGCGAGAAUACAGAUGCAUGACAAAACAAAGCAUUGUGUUCUGAUGGCCCCCAGUGAGGAUGUUGUUUGACGGCAUGUGUAGAAAUGGAUGAAUGGCAACAGCAUGACUCAAAUGGAAAUCCCAUUUUAGAGUAUCAAUGUGUACAGUUCCAUGGAAUAGCUCAGUCACUGCCAAAAUCAACUAUCUACUUCCCUACCAUCUUAGAUUUUACAGGACGUAAAUUCUACAUUGUCAUAAGACAAUCAUUUCAUUUUCCCGGGAGUUUGCUUUAUAUCAUACCAAAUAAGACAUUUCAGUUUGUUCAUUCAUCAGUUUUUAUUUUGUUGUGCAUUAAAGACAAAUCUGCUGGUACAGUGUUAUCCAAAUUACUCCGAACUUCUCAGAUUCAGCUAAAUAUGACCAGCCAGGAUUAGUCUACAGUACCACAUCAACCAUUCCAAUCUGUCAAAAUGCAAUUUUUGAUGACUUUUACAUGGAUUAAUGAGAUAUUUUAUUAAUGUAUUCCGACACUUAGCAUGACUAUUGUGAAGGUGAUCAUCUUCAAAGAGUCUGAGGUGACCUUUUAUAAAUGAUGCAACAGAUACAGUGCAAUUUGUGGGGUUUUGCUGCUAUUCAUGAAGGUCAACAGAUGAUUACUGACAAUCAGGAAGGUGGUUUGUACAAUUUUUAAGUGUUUGUAUAUCGUCUGUUGUUGCAAACCAAAGAAUAUAAUUAACGUGUCACAUAAAGAUAGGAAAUAACACAUAUAUUCAGCAAAGACCAACCAAAUUGUGCUUGAAAAAUGAUGUGUUAAAAAUGCUUUGUGUGUGUUUAGCAGUCCCAUAAACUGUGCAGUAUGGCAAAUAAUGAUCUAUGGAUUUUAAGUUAAAAUGUCUCUUCUCUGUUUUUUUUUUUUUGUUUUUUUUUUUUUGUUUGUUUAAAAUUUGACUAAAAUACUUUGUUAUUCAUCCUGUACAUUUUUAAAUUAAUUUGAAUGUUGUUAUCUGUCAAUAAAAUAUGUCUUUCAUUUGUA